UGCUGCUGCUGCUGUCGCCAUGUCUAACGGACACAAAUGAACAGUUAUGAUCAGGGAAUAAAGAUGCAGUCGGCAGUAAAACACUGUGGACCUAAACACUGACAUUAAUUCAUUUAUCUCCCUUUUGAACUUUAUUUUAUAUUUAAAGCUCCUUUAACUUUGAGUUCUAUAUUUCUUUAGCUUAAUUUCUAACCUUUUCAUAUCAUAUUUAUUUCUUUUCAUGAUGUCCUUUUAUUUCUUUUCUUUGAAAAAAUUACAUAUUUUUUUAAAUUUUUUUUUUACUUUAAAUUUUACAUGAUCUAUUUCCCAGGUCUUUUACCUCCAUCAUAUUGUACUUUAUUCGUAUAUUAGUAUUAUUUCUGUUUUCAAAUCUCUCAUAUUACAUUAAUAUUAAAAAUCACUCUUAAACAUCUCCCUCUAAAUCCUUUCCUCUGUUCAUGUUUGAUUUUUUUUAUUAAUUUUUUGUGUGUUGUUUUUUUUCCUGCUGGUUCUGUAACCUUUAGUAUUGCAUCAUUUUCAUUGUAAGCCUCACACACUUUCCCCCUUUUAUUCUCUUCAUCUGUUUUACAUUUUUAUUUUUUCUUCCAAGCUUUUCGUUGUUUUAUUUCUUUCAGUCAUGUAUCACCUCUUCUGUCAGCCAUCACUUCUCUUCCACGUCUUUCAAAAAAUCCUCGUGUAUUUUUUUUUACAUCGCGUAAAUCCGUUCAUUUCGGACAAAAUGAUGUCAUUUUCUAUCAAACUCUGGCAUAUUGUGUUUGCGUUGCGUUUUUUAAAUAAGAAAGGACUUUUUUUGGUUUACACAUAACUUCUCCGUCACGGAGGCUACCGAAGUUAAAAAGAAAAGAAAUAAAUAGAUGAAUCUUUUAAUGGUUUUGAACAGAAUCCGAUAAAUAAGCUGCUCGCGCUCCUCGAUAGAAGCGACUUAGGUAGAAAAACAAGAAGUGAGAAAAGGAGAAGAAGGAGGAGGAGGAAACAUACAGAGAGAGAGACAGACAGAGAGAGAGAGAGAGAGAGAGAGAGAGCAGUGACAGCGCUACUUCUUCUUUCCCUCCAUCAUCAUCAUCAUCACUCUGAACAAACCAGGAGCUCAGUCUCUUUAGCUUUAGACGCUGUCUCCACAGCCGGACUUUAACUCUUCUUUACGCCGCUUUUUUCCCCUCCCCAACAUUUAAACCUCGUUUUUUCACCUUCCUUCUUUCUCCUUCUCCUCUUCCUUUUUCCUCCUUCUCCUCUUCUUCCUGUUCCUCCUCUUCCUCCCUGUCCCGCUGCCGCUGCUGCUGCUGCCGCCGCUGCUGCUGCUGUUGUUGUUCAGCCGCUCGAAAAAAAAAAUGGUUUCUAUAAUUUCAGACCUGGACCCUCUGAAAAGCUGGAACGUGUUAAGGCAGGACGCCGGCGACCUCUCUGGACCGUUACAAAGUAAUGGCACGGCUGGGAAGAUGAACGGGGCACUGGAACAUUCAGACCAGCCAGACCCUGAUGCCAUCAAGAUGUUUGUGGGCCAGAUUCCUCGCUCCUGGUCCGAGAAGGAGCUGAAGGAGCUGUUCGAACCGUACGGAGCCGUUUACCAGAUCAACAUCCUCCGAGAUCGCAGCCAGAAUCCUCCUCAGAGUAAAGGCUGCUGUUUUGUCACAUUUUACACCAGGAAAUCUGCCCUUGAAGCCCAGAAUGCACUGCACAACAUAAAGACCUUAACAGGGAACCACCACCCAAUUCAAAUGAAACCUGCAGACAGUGAGAAAUCUAACGCCGUGGAAGACAGGAAGCUGUUCAUCGGAAUGGUGUCAAAAAAGUGUAACGAGAACGACAUCAGAGUGAUGUUCUCAGCUUUCGGACAGAUUGAGGAAUGUCGGAUCCUGCGAGGACCAGAUGGGCUCAGCAGAGGAUGUGCGUUUGUUACGUUUUCCACCAGAGCUAUGGCACAGAAUGCAAUCAAAGCCAUGCACCAGUCUCAGACUAUGGAGGGCUGCUCGUCCCCCAUCGUAGUCAAAUUCGCAGACACACAGAAGGAUAAGGAGCAGCGUCGUCUGCAGCAGCAGCUGGCGCAGCAGAUGCAGCAGCUCAACAGCGCCACCACCUGGGGAAGUCUGACUGGUUUGGGUGGCCUCACUCCGCAGUAUUUAGCAUUGCUUCAACAGGCCACCACCACCGGGAACCUGGGAGCCUUCAGUGGGAUCCAGCAGAUGGCUGGUAUGAGUGCUCUGCAGUUGCAGAACUUGGCCACUUUAGCGGCGGCAGCAGCGGCGGCCCAAAACUCAGCCAGUCCCUCCACAGCAAACCCCCUGUCCUCUAACGCCGCCUCCCUGGGAGCGUUGGCAAGUCCAGCAGGUACCACAGGCAACUCCAGUGCCGGGGCCAUGAACUCUCUGACGUCUCUGGGCACCCUGCAGGGCCUGGCAGGGGCCACUGUGGGCCUCAACAACAUUAAUGCACUAGCAGGUAGCAUCAACAUUGCUCAAAUGCUCUCAGGUAUGGCGGCUCUAAACGGAGGCCUGGGCGGCGCAGCACUCACCAAUGGCACGGCGGGAACCAUGGACGCACUGACGCAGGCUUACUCAGGGAUCCAGCAGUACGCCGCCGCAGCGCUGCCCACCCUCUACAGUCAAUCCCUACUUCAGCAGCAAGGGGCCGCCGGUAGCCAAAAAGAGGGUCCAGAAGGUGCCAACCUGUUCAUCUAUCACCUGCCACAGGAGUUUGGAGACCAGGACAUCCUGCAGAUGUUCAUGCCUUUCGGAAACGUGGUCUCAGCCAAAGUCUUUAUCGACAAACAGACAAACCUUAGCAAGUGCUUUGGCUUCGUCAGCUACGACAAUCCAGUGUCGGCGCAGGCGGCAAUCCAGGCCAUGAACGGCUUCCAGAUCGGCAUGAAGCGGCUGAAGGUGCAGCUGAAGCGCUCAAAGAACGACAGCAAACCGUACUGAUCUUAGCGCUUAGGCUCUUUCUGCUUACCAUGUUAGCACUGCUAGGGUAAGUCCCCCCCAACCAAAAAAAAAAGUAAAAACUGUUUGUUUUUUCUUAAAAAAAAAACAAAAAAAAAACAACAACAACAGAAGCAGCAGAAAAAAACGAGCCACGACUUACGUUUCUACAGAAUCUGGUGUGAAAAGGGAGGGAGCGAACGAGGGAGGGAGGCGGGGAGGGGGAGACAACCUACAACCACAUGCCGUCUUUUGAAUUUUUUCAUGUUAGAUUUCAGGUUUUAUUAUUUAUGACAUUUUUAACACACAUAAACACUUCCAUUACUGUCUUUACUUUGUGCAUUUUUUAACAGCUUUUAUUAUUUAAAAAAAAGAUAAUGAUUUGGGUGAUUAUGUAUACAUUUUUACAGGACAGGUUACAACCUGAACAGAAUAGAGCCAUGAGAUAUAUAUAUAUAUAUAUAUUUUCUUUCCCACAAUGUGAACCCAAGGUUUGUCUUUAUUAGGUAUUAUAACUCUUUUGUUUUGUUAUGCUGAUAUGCACAUUUGCCCUUUGACGUCUGCGCUGUUACCCGCAGGCCGUGCUGCUUUUUCACACAAAAAAAACAAACCCUAUCUGCCUGUUGGCUUCCCGCAAGCAAAGGCUGCAAAAAAAAGUGGCCUCUUUGACAGCAUUUAUUUAUAUAACUAUUCAUAUUGUUAGUUGUAGUUACACUCCUCCAUCACAAAGAUACACUCAGCUCAGUCUAUGUAUUAAUAUGAAGGAAAAGAAAAUGUUUAUAUGACAGAAAAUUAAAGAAAUUCUAUAUUGCUAACUACUUUUCUGUUGAUGCCGAAAUUACAUUUAAAAUGCUACGGUUUUGAGAGUAUCAUUAUCAUAUGAGUUAUACUAGGGAGGGCGCCACUGAGAGUACUUGGUGUUCAUUUGGUUUGAAGGUUUUAAAAAAAAAAAAAAAACCAAAAGGAUUCAAAUCAUGCUAAGUAUAGAAAAAGUCACAGGUCUGUAUUUUUUUUUUUUUUUUUGUAAAGAAAAAAAAGCAGUUCUAUUUUUCUAUAAAAUUUUUACUGCCUCAGCUGAUUUUUAAAAAAAGGAAAAAUUUAUUUAUUGCCUUUACUAUUAAAUCGUAUUGGACUAAUUUAUUCAACUUAAAUAGUAUUUAAUUCAAAUUUAGUUCCGCCAAGAAGUUGAAUUUCUUUUUCAUGUCAAUCACAUGUUUUUCAAACGAAAACGAAGCCUAUUCAAACACACGUGUUCAUCCAUCUCUCAUUUUUUCGUUUUUUUUGUUCCUCACGUUUUUGCUGUUUUUCUAUUCUUAGUGAAAUGUUUUUUUUUUGUUAUUACAGUAUUUGUUUGUUUGUAAACCUCACGAUCACGAUCUCUCAGCUUCAUUCAACUCCACUCUAUUAGACAUUUAUUUAAAAAAAAAAAAAAAAGGAAAUAAAUGAAAACCGUCAACCACUUUGUCCCAAAUGACUAAAUCCAUCUGGGACAUGAUGGAUGAAAUUUGGGUUGUUUUUAUUUUUUAAUGUUGUUUACAUGUAGACGAAUGAGUGAGUGAGUGUGUUUUGUUGCUCGUUAGGACGGAUAGAAUAUCACGCUACAGGGCAGGAACAGAAGGUUCCAGACUAAAAUGUUUGGGCUCCAAAUUAAAAAAAAAAAAAACCUCAAUCAAAGAUCUACCUUUCAAAGUAUUUUUCUUAGAGCAAGGAAGUUCAGCAAAAGUCUAGUUUUCAGUUAUUAAAAAAAAAAAAGCAAUUAUUUUGAGUCAUUUUGAAGAGUUACAUUUGAUGCUUGAUUUACUGAAAGGAUUUUGGAUUAUUCUUAGGCCUUCAAUUUCAGAAAAUAAUUUCUAUAACUGCUGUUUUUCUUUCCAAUUUAUUUUUAUAAAACGGGUAAAAGCAGAUAAUUAUGAUUUAUUACCAUGUUGUGCUCUCAUUUUUUUGUCCUAAUUUACUUGAUCUGCAAUUCAAUUUUAUUCUAGUUGUGUCUGACUAGUGCUUUUAAUUUGGUCACGAUAAAGUAAUCAGUGAGUGUUACUGACGAUUUUAAUACAUUUUACAGAUUUCUUUCAAGUUGAAUUAAACUAAAACAAGUGAGACAAAUGAAUAAAUCCAUAAAAAAAUGUCAUUAUAAAAUUACAUUUUUCUUUAUUAUCUUUCUGGAUAGAGUUUUACAAUAAAUAUGCGAUAUUAUUUUUAGGCUUGUGUUUCGUGUUGGCAUAAAAUGUCACGCUCUGUUUACUUUAAGUUAAAUGUAGAUUUUUACAAGAAAAAAUCUGGAGCCGUAACAAAAUCCAACUCAGAUUCAAAAACUGCCAGUAGACCAGUUUGUGUCGUCGUUGCUUCUUUGUUGUUUCCUGUUGUUUCCUGUUGUUGUUCCUCUUAAUUUUUUGAAAACGAAAAUUCUGUUGCUGUAGUGUUGUUGCGUGUUGUUCUCACUUUCUUUGUGUAACUUUUUCCUCUUCCCUGUUUUUUUUCUUUUUUCUCCCCUUUUAGAACAAAACCAUCUCCAUGCCUGUUAGCUCAUCGUUUGACUAGCAUGUCCCUGUGGUGUCCAAACAAACAAAACAAAACAAAAAAAUUUAUUCAAAAACAACAAAAAAACAAUACCCCAACCAAAAAGUGUCAUCGCCGUCCUUCUUCUUCUUCUACCCCGUUGUUUUUUUCCCCGAGAUCACCUGAUCAUAACCUGCUUCUCUUCCUUCUUCACCGCCUACUGACGUUUUUUUUGUUUUGUUUUUUCUCCGAUUUUUUUAAGAAUAUUUUUCGCUUUUACCUUGGGUUUUUUUGUGUGUUUUUUGUUGGUGUAAAGUUUUUUAGCAUGUGACCUCAUUUGGACUUUUUUUUUUGGAAAGAGCGUUGACGUGAGGAAGGAAAACGAAUCAAUGUGAAAAUUAUAUAAAGCUGCAUUCUUAUGAAAAAACCAAGACUUUUAUGAAUUUAUACGGGGAAAAAAAGUGUUCUUUUUGAAGGAGAAAAAACCUGUGGCAGAGCGACUUCCAUUAGUCUGUUUUCUUGACUUUUAUUUUCUCUUUUUAUGUCCUUUUUUGUUUGUUUGUUUGUUUCUCUUUUUUUGUUUGUUUUUUUAAUUUAAAGUAAACUUGAAAGUUCACAUCAGGAAUUGGCGCAUCACUUCGCUUCUGGUAACGAUGAGGUUAAAAAAAAUUUAAAAGAAAAGACGUCACGUACACGAACCAGAAGCGGUCAGCGCCAGUUUCUCUGAGAAAUAAGACUACUUCCAAACAGUUUUUUUGAAGAAAAAAAACUGUCUGAUUAUCAAUAUUAGACUCUUUCUCAGAGCUCUCUAAUGGUUUUUACAUUUUUCAGGCAGUGUAAAGUUUUUUGAUAAGGCCAUUUUAAGUGGCCCUGUUUCUCAUUCAAAGUCUAUAUAUAGAAUCACUUUUUUCUAGAGUAGUUUAAAGGUUAAAAAAAACAGGAAAAAAAAAACAUUUGCCCUGUUUGGUGGGGGAGAAAUGCUACCUACUUGUGUCACCUUUUUGCUGAACUGACUCACAGAUAGACAAUCCGUGGUUUAAAAUGCACAUGAUCAAAUGACCUAUAUUUUCUACUGUUUAAAUGUAUAGAGGUUAAAAGAAAAACUAAAAAGAAAAAAUUACUACGAUACCUGUAACCCGCAUUAAUGUCGGUGCUUCUUGUGAGUUUAGUUCAAGUCUAACAGUCUUAUAUGUCCGAUGUUUUCUUUUUCCAAGAAAAAAAAAAUCAGUUUACUUGAAUAAUAGAUGAAGCCUUUCACAUGACGAUAAUUGUUUCGGUUAUUUUUUCUUUUUUUCACUUCCUUUUUUAAAAAAGGAGGCCCAAUUUGCUCAAAAAAAAAAAUCUUGUUGGUUUAUUAGCUAUAUAAAAUUCUUAAAAAUAUAUAUAAAUAUAACUAUAUAUCUCUAUAUAUAUAUACAGUAUAUAUAUCAAUAUAUGAAAUGUCAGCUUGUGAAGCAUCAAUGUCAUUAUUAUUUUGUUUCUCUCGUGAGUUUUAAACAAUAUUUAGGUGUGUUUUGUUGUUUGGCAAAAAUGUCUUAUAAUAUAAAGAUUAAAAAAAAAAACCAGAUGAGAUCAGUGGAGUUUAGUGCCAAAUCCUGAAGGUACUUCCUGCCUAGCGCGUCAGUGUAUUUCUUGUGUAAUGAUUUGAUAAACAUGGGUAUUUUAUUAAUCAGUGUUUUGUAUUGAUCCUCAUAUUUAAAGUAUAGAUUUAAAAAAAAAAUGGAGUUUGUUAACUUGCUAUUCUGUGGUCUUGUUGCCUGAAAAUGUCAUGUUUGCUUUUCUUUUACUUCUUUGUAAAAUUGUACAAAAAGUGCCCAUGUGUCAUAUAUACAUAUAUAUACAUAUAUCUAUAUACACACACACAAACACACCGAUUGGUACAGACCUCACAACUUUUUCUUUGUUGCUACGUGAAGCCCCUGAGUGUGAUGACGCCUCUACAGCGACCCCUAUGGCCCACGCACACAUGUGCACAUGCACUCACGCACUGAUAUUUUUAGCCAUUGUACAGCCGUUGGACUCAUCAAAAGCCUUACCACUGAUCUUUGCACUGCUCUUUUCUUGCUGUAUUAGUAUCUCACAUAUACAAAUGCACGCACGCACUCACACACAGGCACAUGUGCGCAAAUGUCGGGCUUAUGUGAUGAGUGUUUGUCAUUGUUAGUGUGUGUUUUUAUUUUUCUGCUCUCGCGCUUUGUCACAGCUGCCACGUAAAAGUGAGACGCGAGAGUCACGUACGCUAAGCCUUACUCUCACUAAAUUUAGUGUCGUAGACAGCGCCGUUCGUGGUCUUGGUGGUGUCGUCAUCAUCAUCAUCAUCAUCAUCAUCAUCGUCGUCUCCAACGUUUGUAUUGCCCCAUAUUGACUAAAAUGUACUUGCUAGCUUUCAAGGUGUUAGCGCAGGGAAGGGUCAUAGACUUCAUAUAGUCGUAAAGAUGGACUAACAUUUAAAUGACGGCAAGAGAGCGACUCGGCGGGAUUAGGUCCUGAAAUGAAGCCACGUUACUCUUUACGAUGUCGGUAAAGAUUUGCGAUAAUUCUCUUCAGGUGUUCCGGUCCUCGUUUAAAUAUGACACCAAUGUCGUGGAUUACAAAUCCCUUUUUACGAAGUUAGACGACAGAAAAGUCAAACUUGAUUGACAGAAGGCUAGAAGAGUGCGUGUAAAUCUAAAAUAAUAGCUACGAGAACAGAGCCUUGUGGAACCUCAUUUUGCAUAUUGGUAAUUAGAAGGAAAACGUCGUUAAUAGACGUGCGUUCACAGCACAUUGAUGUCAUUAACGAUAAAAUCAAACUUAACUGUGUUAAUCUGGAAUAUUAUGGCUACGAGAACGGAGCCCUGUGGAACCUCGUAUUUUUGCAUAUUCUAAAUUCAACGGAAAACUUCGCUAAUAGACAUGUGCGUCCACAGCACAUUGAUGUCAUUAACGAUACAGUCAAACUUAACCACGUUAAUCUGGAAUAUUGUGAGUUCGAGGAUAGAGCCCUGCGGAUGUAUGUUCUUACACAUCUUAAUUUGACAAAGGCGAUUUCAGUAAGGUUUGAGCAAAUAGUACUGCACGUCAACGGUAUACAUGGUAUUAAUCAAGUUUACAAGGUUAUGAAUAUUAGGGACUUUUGUUACUUCAUAUUUUAACGCUAACUGCAGACAACAAAUUUUGUGAUUGUCGGAGCACGGCGGUACAAGGAGGUCUUUACACGUUUUAAAUUCAAGAGUCGACUUUAGUUUUUCUUGUAUAUACAGUCUACAGUCGAUGAGAUGAGUUUACUCACAAAGGUAAAAGCACACUCCAGUAUUCAUAACACAGGACGGUUCGGAAGCUAAUGUUCAUUCGUUAAUUUGACUCUUUAUGUUGUUAAAUUUAAAGAUGCGUAUAUUUCAUGGUUAAAUGGGCCAAAAUUGUGUUCCAAUGCCAAAGUGUGGUGAUGACAUUCUCACAGUCUGAACGUUUACAUGACACAAUGUUGUCAAGUCAAAAACAACUGCCCCCUGUCUUUUUAAACCUCGCCCCCUCCCUGAAAGUUUACGAUCUGCAAAAAAAAAAAAAAACAUGGAAAAAAAAACAUAAAAAAAAAAAUAAAAGAACCACAGGCAGCAUUAUUUUUUACAGAAGCUCACCACUGGCCUUAAACAGGGAGCCUCAUAUCAGUAUUUAAAAGAGUCAGAGAUGUUGUUGUCGGUCGUCACUUCUUACUUCUGU